AUGAUCCACAUCGAAAAUGCCAAACACUUCGACCAAAUUUUUGAUGCCAAAAAACCCACAAAACCAAUUUUCGCCUAUUUCAAAGCGGAAUGGUGAGUUUUAAAUUUUUUUCAAUUUUCAAAAAAUUUUUAAUUUUGAAGGUCCAACCCAUGUCAACGAAUCUCACCAAAAAUCGCAGAAUUCGCCGAGAAAUAUGCGAGAUAUUUCCAAUUUUUGGAAAUUGAUGUAGAUCAAAAUGAGGGUGAGGGUGAUCAAAAAUUGGGUUUUGACGCCACAAAAACUUUUUUUUAAUGUUUUUUUUCAGGAAUCACUGAACGUUUCGAUGUGUAUUGUACUCCAACAUUUUUGCUCCUUCAAAAUGGGUAAUUUUUUUGAAACUUUUUUUAUAUUAAUUUUUUUUGCAGGCGAGUUAUCAAAACUCUGACUGGAACUAAUCAAGAAGAAAUCGAGAAAAUGUUGGAUAUUGCGAAACUUCAAUCAAAAAUUCUAAAGCCAAUCGUCUCUCAAUAUGUUUCUGACCGAAAUUCAUUUGUCUUUGAUCGAAAUCGUUUAAUUAGUAUGAUAAGUUUCGGUUCUCGGAAAGAUUACAAAGUUUCGCGAAGUCCAAUGUAA